AUGACGGACGCGAAAUCGCUCGCCCAGUACGCCGCGUGCGACGUGUCGGACGCAUUGGUGGCGCAGGGCGUGGCCGACGGCGGGUUUGUGCCCAACUUAGUGCAGCGCUCGGCCUUGGGCGCCCAAACCGCGGUCGGCCGCGCCUACACGGUUCUUUAUGCGCCCAAAGACGACCCGCGGCCGGCAGUGGGUGCUUCAUACAUAGACCAGGUUCCGUCAGGGAGCGUGGUUGUGGUUGGGCUUGCGCCCGAGUGCCAGAUCACCGCGGCGCCCUAUGUCACGGUGAACAAUGCUCUCUACGGCGGGCUCAUGCUGACGCGCGCGCAGUACUUGGGGGCGGCCGCGCUGGUGGUUUUGGGCCGUGUGCGCGACUUGGCCGAGCACCGCGCGCUUGGGUACCCGGUUUGGUCGUACGGCGUAGGAACCACGGCGCCGGGCCCGGUGGUGAAAGUGGUGGGCAUCAACGUUCCUCUCACAGUAAAGACCGCUGCGGGCGAUUUAACGAUUGCGCCCGACGAUGUGGUGGUGGCUGAUGAAAACGGCGUGGUGUGUGUGCCCAGCCACGUGGACUUGGCCCAGCUUUUGCAGUAUAUCCCGCGGCGGGUGCACGCGGACGAAAACGUUGCGGAGGAUAUUCGCCACGGGCGCCCGGCCGCGGAGGCACAGAAGUUUUGGCGCGGCAAGAUGUAG